UUCAAUGAGUGGUAAAACGACAUCCAUAACAUGUAUGCAAGCGCAAAUAUAUCUUGUUUGUGCGAGGUUUUGUAUGAGAAUUAAACCAAUCCCACGGCAUGGUAGACCUAGGCCAAGGCCUAUACAAGGCCUUAUAUAAAAGUGAGUAGCCCCGUCCUUUGACAAAAGACGUGUCAUAAUUCUGCUUUCCCUCCUAUUUUAAUUGGUAUGGUGAUGCACUUGUGACGAGAUUGACCUAGGGGUCAUAUCAGGUGUUGAUAAGAGAGAAUCAGGAUAAGCUGGGUGAAAGAAGAGCUCCCUGUCGACUACGGUUAAUGCAAAAUUACAGAAGGAACGGAGCAACUGUCGGACGAAAUCGCAUUGUGCAUUGAGAUAACUCUUGAGGCGCUAUGUCUGCUACCAUUGCCGCACUCUGUGGAGGUGUAAUCGUAGGCCUCUGGCUGCAAGGGUCCUGUAUUUGUGUUGGAUUGAUCGCCCUCGCAGGGAUCGGUUAUGCCGUGUAUAAUUCGUCACUUUUCCAUGGAAAGAGUGUCCCAGUAGGUGAGAAAGCUGUGCUUAUCACAGGUUGCGACAGUGGAUUCGGCAAAUGGCUGGCCGAAAAACUUGAUGCUCUUGGCUUCACUGUCAUCGCCUGUUGCAUGUUCCCAGAUAAAGGGGGCGCUGACGACCUUCGCCGGAAAUGCUCUUCACGGCUCCACAUUUUGCGCUUAGAUGUCACUAGUAAUGAGGACGUGAACGCUGCAGUUAAAUAUGUAAAGGACAAAAUAGGAAACGGGUUGUGGGCCCUCGUCAACAAUGCGGGUAUUUCAUGGACUGGCGAGACCGAGUGGACGGACGUCAGUACCUAUGAGAAGAUUUACUCCGUGAACGUGUUCGGGGUGAUCCGCGUCACCAAGGCGUUCCUUCCGUUGAUUAGAAAAACUAGGGGAAGAGUCGUCAAUGUCGCCAGCAUGGCAGGUCGCUUUGCCCUGAGUGGAUUUUCUGCCUACUGCUCCUCUAAAUUCGCCUGUAUUGGUUUUUCCGAUGCCCUUCGACGUGAGAUGAGGAAAUUCGGGGUCACAGUGCAUACUAUUGAACCUGCCUUUUACAAAACUGAGAUGACCUCUAUGGACUUUCAGGUGAAGAUGGCAAAGAGUACUUGGGAGAACACACCUGAUGAAAUCAAAGAAGCCUAUACAGAAGGUUACUUCAACGCUUUUAUGGAUAACGUCAUACACAUCCUGACAAAAGCGGUCAAUCCAAACACACACGAGGUCGUCGAUUGCAUGUUGGAUGCUGUGACGUCAGAACGGCCCAAACUGACGUAUGCUAUCACCUUGAGCUAUGUCAUCAAACGGUGGGUUAUGGGUGCAGUCCCUACACGAGUUCAGGAUCAGAUUAUGAAGAAGACUGAGCCGAGGUGUACAAUGCCACCGCCGAACUAGAUUGAACGGUUGGUGCCUAGGGACUGUUGGUAGUUGGAAGGAGGGGGGGGGGGGGGUAUGAGGGUUGCCACAAGGUGAUGGGCCAUGCUUUGGACUUGAGCACCGCCUUAGCUAACCAAGGCAUGGCAUUCGUAACAAAAACGGAUCAUUAUACGGGUUAUUCUCAAGUAUGACGACUCUAUAUCCACGGCGGUAAUGGACGGGGUAACUACUUAAAUUGACUCUUUCCGAAACGAAGGUAAGCUUUCCUGACGAAAAAGUCAAAUAAGGUAUUCAACACUCCAAAUAUACACAUAAAAAUAAUAUAUGUUGUAUAUUUACUCGGGAAUCAUAACACUGAUCUGUGAUAACAGCAGGUGUACAUGGCAGCAAGUGUACAUGACAGCAAGUGUACAUGACGAAGGCAAAUACAAUGUACUGUAAAAUAGGUCAGGGAACGUCGCACCUUUACAGACAUGACAGAUGGCAGCAAAAUAUCUAAAAAUUAUGUCCGCCAGAAGGCGACAUUGCAGGCGCGGAUGAGCGUAUAUUGAAUGGGGUCCUGAGCUACGGUAUUGGACAACUAGCCCAAUUGUUUUUGGCAUCCCGGUCUAUUUCUGUAAACGAGCAUGAUAUCACUGUAUCAGGUACAUGUGUACUACAUGGCAAUUAUUUCACACUAAAUAACGAUAACGUUAGCAUAUGGGAUUAUUGUAAACUUUAUAUUGGGGAUAUGAUUCGCGGAACAAAGAUAGAUUUAUACAUAGAGUUUCAUUUUGGUACGCAAUGUACACGUAUAUAUUUUUUAUUCAGUCUCGUUAAGACACGGAAUUUGCAACAUUGGCACAUUAAAAAUAUAAAAACAAUUUUUCUCAUGAAAACAAUUAGUGACUGUGUUAGUUAUCAAGAGUGGUCAUGUUACGAGACAGUUUUCAACACUUCAGGUUAAGAGUCGGAAUUCUGAAUGGAGUGAAAUGAAAUAUUAAGUCUACAUGCACGUACAUGUACAUGUAACUUCUUUUAUCAUCACUUCUCUUUACAGCUACCCAUUAAUAAGUCCUGACCUAAAAAUGACUAUUAGUAUUUUCUAUAAAAUAUUGCUAUUAGCAUUUUCUCAAGUGUUUUAACACUAGAGAAAAACUACGUGUAUUGCAAUUAGUAUUUUCUACAAAAUAUUCCAGAUGAAAAUAAAAUACAUAUUUGGCA